AUGGAUCCAGCGGCGCAUGCCACGGCGGAUCGGGGCGCUAUCACCAUCCCCGAGCCUCUCCAGAACACAUAUACGUCCGAUGCCACUCUUCACCGAGUCCUAGCAUGGUACUUACCGUCUGAUAUCAACCAAUCCAUCCAGCCCAACCUGACCCAACUCGGCGAAGAAGCCAUCUCCCCCCAGAUCCGCGAAUGGAGCGCCGACGCUGAACGCAACCAGCCGUACGUCAAGAGCUAUAAUGUCUGGGGCCAGCGCUACGACUACGACCGGCUGGUAACCAGCGAGGGAUGGAAGCAGCUGGGCCGAUGGGGCGCCAGACAUGGAGUCGUGGCCAUCGGCUACGAGCCCACCUACGGCGCCUCCCGCCGCCUCGUCCAGUACGCCGUCAACUACCUCUACUCGCCCUCGUCCGGCCUGACCUCCUGUCCCGCCGCGAUGACCGACGGCGCCGCCCUGAUCCUCUCCCAGCAGCUCCAGCAACACUCCUACCCGGCCGACCACCCCUUCCGCGCCGUCUACGCCCGCCUCAUCUCCCGCACCGAGGACUGCUGGACCUCCGGCCAGUGGAUGACCGAGCGGGCCGGCGGCAGCGACGUCCAGAACACCGAGACAUGGGCCACGUACUCGCCUCUCCCCUCCUCGUCGUCAUCCUCCGACGCCCUCAGCGACGGCGCCUACACGAUCAACGGCUUCAAAUUCUUCUCCUCUGCCACCGACGCGAACGUCACCCUCCUCCUCGCCAAAACCUCGCCCUCGGGCAAACUCUCCACCUUCCUCGCCCCGCUCCGCCGCACCAUCCCCAUCCCAGCCCCAACCAACCCGCAAACCACGACAACCAAGCAGGUCGCGAACGGCGUGCGCAUCCACCGCCUCAAAAACAAGCUCGGCACCAAGGAGCUCCCGACCGCCGAGCUCGAGCUGCAUGGCAUGCGCGCCCACCUCGUCGGCGAACCCGAAAAGGGCGUCGCGACCAUCGCCCCGCUGCUGAACGUCACCCGCACCCACACCUUCAUCGGCAGCUUGGGCGCGUGGCGCCGCGCGCUGAGCAUCGCCAAGGCGUUCGCGCGCGCCCGCUCCACCGUCGGCGAACCCCUGUGGCUGAUCCCCAUGCACCUGCGGCUGCUGGCGGAGCUGGAGGCGCGGCACCGCGCGGCGCUGCAGGUGGGCUUCUUCACCGUCGCUGUGAUGGGCGCGGUGGAGAACCCCGCGGAUGGAGGCGAGGGCAGCGCGCGCCCCGCGGCGCAUGUGCCUCGCGGGCGCGAAGCGACGGUCGUGUUCCGUGCGCUGACGGCGGCCGCGAAGGCGGUCGUGAGCAAGAUGGCGGUCCUGGGCAUCCAGGAGUGUCAGGAGGCGCUGGGCGGCGUCGGGUACAUGGACGAGGCGGACGAGCCGGAAUUCAACGUCGCGCGGCUGCUGCGCAACACCGCCGUGAAUAGCAUCUGGGAGGGCACGACGAAUGUGCUGGCGAGCGAGCUGGUGCGCUUCCUGCUGGCGCGCGACCAUUUUGCUGUCUUCGCGGGCUGGAUGGAGCGCGUGCUGGGGCUGCUGCGGGCGGAGACGGCGGAGGCGGCGGCGCUGAGGCGCGCGUGGCUGGCUUUCCGGGCUCGCAUCGCGGGCGAUGUCGCUGCUGUGCUGGCGGAUGGGCGGCGGGUGAUGUUCACGCUGGCGUGGAUUCUGGCCGGGGCGCUGCUGGUGCUGGAUGCGCAGCGGGAUGGCGAUGCCGUGGCGGGCGAGGUGGCGCGGCGGUGGGUUUUGGCGGGCGAGGGAGGAGUGGGCGAUACGGUGUUCCGGGAGGUUGUGAGGCCGUCCGGGGAGGGUGAGGAGGAGAAGAAGAAGAAGAACCAUGCGCAGUGGGAUUGCCGGAUUGUCUGGGGGAUGGAGUUGCCUGAGGGACAGGUGGCCGGCCAUCGGUCUCUGAAGCACAAGCUGUAG